UAAAAAAUAGUUGCAAGUUCAAAUCAGUGGCCAGUUUGUUUCUCUCUAUGUCAUGAAAGGGCAAAAUGAGAUUCGAAAACUGGACCCUCCCUCCACACCCUUUAGCAAGGGUGAUGGAAUCUCCCCACCUGAUAGGAUGGAACGUACCACCUGAGGAAUUGAAGUAUAUCCAGGAGCACUGGUUGGUAUAUCCUGAACCUGACAAAUCAUUACACUUACUUCUGGGACUGGUUUACAUCUUCUUUUUUAUUAUGAGUAUAGUCGGAAAUGGAGUAGUCAUAUGGAUAUUUUCCACCGCAAAAAGCUUAAGGACUGCAUCAAAUAUGUUUGUAGUCAAUCUAGCUUUCUGUGAUUUCAUGAUGAUGUCAAAAGCCCCAAUAUUCAUAUACAACUCAUUUCAUGGGGGUUUUGCUCUUGGUAUAUUGGGCUGUAGGAUUUUUGCAACGAUGGGAACCCUUUCAGGUAUUGGACAGGGCAUGACCAACGCUUGCAUAGCCUACGAUAGGUUUACAACAAUCACAAGGCCUUUUGAUGGAAAAGUUUCAAGAACGAAGGCACUAAUAAUGAUCUUUUUUGUUUGGGCGUAUACAAUACCAUGGGCAGUAAUGCCGCUUUUGGAAGUUUGGGGACGAUACGGACCAGAGGGAUUUUUAACAGCUUGUACAUUUGAUUUCUUGACGAGACGCUUUGACAUACAACUCUUCAUAGGCACCAUUUUCACUUGUUCUUACGCAAUACCGAUGUCGUUGAUAAUCUAUUUCUACAGUCAAAUUGUCAGUAAGGUGUUCAGCCAUGAAAAAGCUCUAAGAGAACAGGCGAAAAAAAUGAAUGUGGAGUCACUUCGAGCCAACCAACAGGGACAGACCGAGUCCGCCGAACUGCGAAUAGCUAAAGCUGCGAUCACAGUGUGCGGAUUGUUCGUGGCGUCCUGGACGCCGUACGCUGUGAUGGCAUUGAUUGGUGGGUUCGGCGACCAAUCACUGCUCACGCCCGGAGUUACGAUGAUACCGGCUUUAUGUUGUAAGCUGGUCGCUUGCAUCGAUCCAUAUGUUUACGCUAUCAGCCAUCCGAAGUUUAGAAUUGAGCUACAAAAUCGUAUGCCUUGGCUAGCGAUAAAGGAAGCUGAUACUGUGUCUACGGCGACAGAAGCGUCGAAUGCGCAAAAUUCAACGGCCACAACUUAAAUCUAAAUGAUGAUAUAUACUGCUUCCUUUAUAUUAAACACGAUUUAUUACCUCGGAAAUUGACAAUGCUAUGGAAAUGGAACCGAUUUUUAUGUCAGUAUCUACUGUAAGAAAAUACAAAUUUUGUUAUACGAGUACUUACGAUGACCUUGGCAGCAAACAGGCAAUGGAUAUGGAAACAGUGAAUUCAAUGUUCAAUAAAAAUGUAUAAAUAGAAUAAAGCAAAUCUAAAAAGAAUAGUAAAUA